CGCAGCUGCGAGGAUUGGUGCACCCAAGGAUGGCAGGCAGGCAAGGUUGGCAGGCAAGGAUGGACCGAACGGUAGGAUCAACGAGAAGAGUGAGAGUGAUUAGGAGGUGACCUUAGAUAUCGGAGAGAGCUUUACUAAGCUUCAGAAUGCAUGCAAGGAGAUAGUAUCGGCGAGAAUGAAUAAGAAUAUGAAUUCGCCGUCGAAACUCACGGAGUUCGCUCCGUUGAGUCCCGAAGAGAGCCAACCUGUCGUAGCGUCACUUUUCUCCAAAUUUUUCAGCUUUACUAAAAAUUCGCCAAGCGCCAAUGAUUCUAUGGUAUCUUCUAACAAUGACGAACGUAAUUCCUCCGAUUCCGAUUCUUGGAAGCAAUCAGAGAGUACGGAACAAACCCCUGAUGAUGAUAGCACUAGUAUGAUAAAUUUUUCAUUAGCUAGCGAGGGCCGCAGUUUACCAAAUAUUUUGAAGCGUAUUAGUAAUAUUGUGGCAUUAAAAAGUAAUAAUCUACGUUCGUACAAAGAUUCUCAGUUGAGAAGUUAUUGGAUGCCAGAUAGUGUGAGUAAACAGUGCUACGAAUGUGGUGAAAGGUUCACGACGUUUCGAAGAAGACACCACUGUCGUGUAUGCGGACAAAUUUUUUGCUCCAAGUGUUGCUCCGAUCAAAUACCAGGGAAAAUUAUGGGAUGCACUGGGGAUCUUAGAGUUUGUACGUAUUGUUGCAAAGUCGUUCUUUCUUACCUUCAAUCGUCGGACAUGAGAAGCGAUUUAUCGGCGGAUUUAAAAGCGUUGCAAGAAGAUCUUCAAGUGAAGUAUGGAAACGACUCACCACUGUUAACUCGAAAGCACACCAGCGAAUCAAUGGGCGACGAAACAUCGAUAUGUCGGAAGCCAAGCAUAGGAUAUAUGGAGGAGAAUUACGCGACUAAACGAUCGGGUAAUAGUUAUCUAACAUCACACGAACGCUCGCUCGUGUUGCAAAAUUCGGCCUCUUUAAGGAUGAUUUGGGAAGAAUUGUUUCGAUCUAGUCAAGCUAUUCAAUUGCAAACUCAUAGAAUUCGAUUGAAAAAUUAUUACAAUUGUUUCCUAGCAAGCGAAUUGGUGAAUUGGAUGAUAGCACAGAAUAAAACAGCCACUCGCGUGCAAGCGACUACGAUAGGCCAAGCAUUGUUGGAAGCGGGUUUCAUCGAGUCCGUCGUCGGCGAUAACGUAUUUAACGAUUCGGCGGCCAUAUUUAAGCCGGUGGAGUUGUCUUCCUUACAAAGUAUAGAUUUAUUAACGGAAAAACGGACAGCAUGCGAUGCGCAAGAACCAGCAUGGGUAAAAACUAUUCCUCAGCAUGAUUCAACUACCGAUUCCGAAAGUGAGACGAAACCUACAAACUGCUCGCAAUCACAAACUUUCUGUCGUUUGCCAUCAUCCAGUUCGAGUUUUUACUUGGAUUUAAAUCUUGAAGCAUCAACCGUUACAUUAAAAAGACCAACGUCGGAAGAUUUGACUGCGAUUUCCGUGGACAGUAGCGAUGGAAUAAUCGAACAGAAAGAGAUCAAUCUUAAAUCGCACGAUUGUAAUCACAAGAUAUGUGAUGAUCUGUUAAGUGAUACGCUUCAAGUGCACGAGUUCAAAGAAAAAAAUGGAUGGCACAGAGCGACCAAUCUGAGAACAGCCUUCGGCGAAUUAAGCGCGUAUGAGUGUUUAACGGCCACGUAUAAAGCGCACGAAGAUUCUCUCAUUAAGCAACUUCUUAGCAAGGAAGGCUUGUCGCAAACGUGGUCAAAUACGAUUCUGUCCAUCGCGCAUCAGAUAGUCGACCACGUCCGACCAGAUUUGAAUCAUGAUGCUGAUAAUCUAGAUAUUCGACAAUACAUACAGUUCAAAAAAUGUCCCGGUGGUAGCAGGGAUGAUUGCAAUAUUGUAUCUGGUGUGAUUUGCAGUAAGAAUGUCGCUCAUCGUUGUAUGAACGCCAUGAUCGCACAUCCAAAGAUCUUAUUAUUGCAAUGCGGUUUAAUGUAUCAGCGUGUGGAGGGCAAGUUGAUAAGUUUGGAGCCUGUAAUGUUGCAGGAAAGCGAAUAUUUGGGACACACAGUGGCGAGAAUUACCGCCCUGGGUCCAGACGUAGUACUCGUGCAUCGUUCCGUAGCUAGAUUAGCUCAGGACAGGCUGAGGGAAUGCGGAGUGACAUUGGUUCUCAACGUAAAACUUAGCGUACUCAAAAGAGUAGCACGAUGCACAGGUGCUAGUAUAGUAAACACUAUAGACGCGCACAUAAGUGCGAGAUAUAUGCUUGGCACGUGCAAGAAGUUUUAUUUAAGAAAUUUUCCAGAUGAGCAAAGAAGCGUCAAGACAUUGAUGUAUUUCGAAGGCUGCGCAAAUCCGCAUUUGGGCGCGACGAUUUUAUUGCGAGGCGGCUCGCAGACUGAAUUAAAGAGAGUAAAAAACGUUACAUCGAUGAUGAUUUUUGCGGCUUACUCGUGGCGUCUCGAAAAAUCAUUUCUCAUGGACGAGUUCGCUAAACCGCCGUCGCCCAAGAAUAAUUCAUUUCUGGAUGAAACAUUGCAAAGAGAUUCUUCAAAUGGGGAGGAACCCGCGAAAUUCGAAAAUCACGUUAUCGAUGAAUAUACGCAUGCAAUCGAUACAAAGAGAUUGUCGAAAAUGAAUCAAGAUUACGAAGAUACACUCAACGAUGAGCAAAGUGUACGGAAUACCAAGUCGCACAAUUCAAAUAUAUCCGUAAAGAAUGAAAAUCUUCAUUUCUCUGAGAAUAUUUUAAGCGUAGAUUCUCUGAGGGAAGUAUCCUCGAUGCUGUCCGAGGAUUCUGAUCCUUAUGACACAUUAAAAUUAUUUAAGGCAAAAUUAAAACCAUCUUUAAGCGAUUCGAAAGUGUCAGCACCUUGUGAGAAUGAUGCGAUAAAUUUAACAAAUUGUAACAAUGUUAAAUCGGAGAACAAUACUAUGGACUUUGUUUCCGAUGAUACGGAGGAACAUAAUAAUUCCAUGACUGCAAACAAGGAGAUAAAAUAUGUCGAGCAAAAGACCGAAGAACUUGUCGACAAGGCAAAGUCAAAGGACAAGAUAUCUUCCGAAGAGAAACGCAUUUACGGGGAAUCCAUAAGCGAUCGAAGCGAUCCGUUGCAUCAGUAUUUAAAUGAGGAUGAUGAAGACGUGUUCAACCGUAAUAGCCCGAACGGUCAACGUCUGAGCGUUGCCGAUUUUCCGUUAUUCAACAAAUUUAAGAAAGCGCUCGAAGACACCGUCCUGAGCGUAUCGCCGUAUCUAAAGUUUUCUAUACCCUAUCUAGAAACCGAACUCGGCAGAAAUUGCGUACUGAGGAGCUUUUUCCCACGGGAGAUCUAUUACUCGGCGCAAUUUCUCGACAAGAUCAAGGACAUUCGAGCGAAUAGCGUGAACGAACAGCUCGCGUCCGAGAAUCGCGAACGGGCAAACAGUAUUAAGUUAAAGUCACAUCAUCCGUUCGUUCAGAUGCGCCUGACUACGGAUGUUGAUAAUCGCGAAGUGCAAAGUCUCCUGGCGAACUUUCGCGCAUGCGGAAGCAGACUUUAUCCGACGUAUAACGUGCUGGGUAAGUACCAGCCAUCAAUGAUAUUGACCGAGAACAACGAGCAGCAGAUCUCCUCGUGGCCGGAUUGUCUAGACCCCGCCAGUCAUCAACGUCUUUCCGUGCUGUUUUGCAGUUUUUCGCAUACUGGCAAUGAUACCCCGGCGUUUUGUGUGAAUCCUUGGGUCGUAAACAUGAUGAUGUAUGGCCAAAACGACAUCGCACUCGGUCGUUUCCUGGAGCGUUAUUGCCUGACGACGGAAUACAAAUGCCCGGCGCAGGCUUGCCGUGCACAAAUCGCUCAACACGUUAGACGAUUCGCACACGACGGCGGCUGUUUGCACAUCAGUCUCAAUGAGAUGAGUUCCGAGCCAUUUGUACAGGAGAAUGCCGAUCAUCAGAUCUUGAUGUGGAGCAAAUGUGUAAAAUGUAAAAGUGUUUCGCCGGUGGUACCGAUGUCGGGCGACACAUGGUGCUUGUCGUUCGCCAAGUAUCUCGAGUUACGUUUCUAUGGCGGCGUCUAUACGAAACGCGAUGGCACAGACGCGUGUCAACAUUCCCUACAUUACGAUCACUAUCAGUACUUUACGCGCAAAAACAUGCUGGCCGUAUUCAAGUUCACCAAGAUCUCGCAGUGGGAGAUCUCGCUGCCGCCGCCACUAAUCAACAUCAUCUACGAUCCAAAGCAGCAUGCCAACGUGAUUGAGGAGAUGAAGAGCGUGGCGUUAAAGGGUGAUGACGUGUUCUCGGCGAUCAGAGAAAAACUGAUGGGCUUGCAGACGGACUUGGAUAGCCUGAACCUCGCCAAGCAGCAGUUGAAUAAGGAUCAACAAUAUUUCAAAAACAAGAUCGAGGAGAUUCAGCUCAAGUUAACCUCGCCGACACUGGAGAAUAAGAAACUCGAGGGUAAAGUGUCCGAGAAGCAAGUACAGGCAUUGAUGUUUAGGAUUGAGGAUGGCAUCGUAAUCCUCAAACGACUCAUCUCGGAGGCCGUGUUUACGUGGAACAGUAAACUGUCGGAGACGUCGGUCAAAAAGAAAGACGAACGACCGCGCCGGUUCACUGAACGAUCAAUGACGGCUGGCAGCAACAGUAUAAUCGACACCGAUGGAUACAUAACUGAGGAUACCGCGUCGGAGUCGCAGAUCGAAGACUCGAGUCCUAUGUCGGCCGAUUAUAACGCCAUCGACGCAAUCGCAGCGGUGCAGAGUGACUUUCAAACGUCCGAAUUGAUCGAGAAUUCCGAUAACGAGCUCUUGGAAUCUGCCAAUAAUCCCGACGAAGUCAUUACCGUUCAAGAUGCAUCACCCAAGAUGCAUCAGAGAUCGCAUUCCGAUGUUUUUCCGCUGUCUUCUGACGAUAUGACCGAUAAGAAGAAGAAGAAGAAGACAAUCUUGUCUCAGUUGUUGCCGUCCGCUUCUGUGAAUCACACAAUACCGAAUCCACUAGGAACUUUGGAGCACUAUCUAUUGCCGCUCGGAUCGGUAGUACCUAUAGUGGUCUACGAAUCCGAGCUUUCGUCCAUAAUUGCGUAUGCCCUGGAUUCGCACGAUUACAAGCAUGCGUUGCAAGAAUUAUUGCGUGCGGCAAAAGGUUCGGACUUCAAUCCUAGUCCGUUGAGCAAACGUAAGUUUCCAGAGGGCAGGGACAGUUCGCUCGAUCUGGCGCAAUCGGGCGAGUUCAAGCGGCCAUCCGUGCUAUCCUUCUUUCGCGGUAACAGUCCCAAUCCUGCCAGUAGCCCUGUCGAAUCUGACAAGAACGUGUUGAGCGCGGAAUCGUCCGGCGGCGCUGUCGGUCCCAUCGACGUCGACGACGAUAAGAAGGCGAUAAAGCAACAAAACUACAUCGAGGUGCAGUUCAACGACACCACGACCAACUUCUUCUGCAGAAUAUACUUUGCCGCGCAAUUCGCCGCUUUGAGAGACAAUGUUCUGCCCUACGGCGAAGAUGGUUUUACAAGAAGCCUUAGUCGAAGUAUACAGUGGGCUGCGAGAGGCGGAAAGAGCGGCAGUACCUUUUGCAAGAGCAGAGACGAUAGAUUCAUCAUAAAGGAAAUGUCUCGACUCGAGAUGCAAAUCUUUCUCGAUUUCGCGCCCAACUAUUUCGCCUACAUGGAAAAGUGUCAACAAACCAAACAACCGACGUUGCUGGGCAAGAUUGUCGGCGUGUACAGGGUGUCGUUUAAGAACAACACAACUAACGCGGCACUUCGUACAAGCGUGUUGGUGAUGGAGAAUCUGUUUUACAAUCGAGUCAUCACCGAUAAGUUCGAUUUAAAGGGAUCCGUGCGGAAUCGACUUGUGAAUCCAGACGAUACGUGCCACGAGGGUGAACUGGUCUUGCUGGACGAGAAUCUAUUGAAUAUGAGCUGCGAUUCUCCUCUGUAUAUCAGAUCGCAUUCCAAGGCGGUAUUAAACCGAGCCAUCGAACAGGACACCAAGUUUUUAGCGGACAACUCUGUAAUGGACUAUUCGUUAUUAGUAGGCUUAGAGCCAGGCUCCGACGAGCUCGUGCUCGGUAUAAUAGAUUAUAUAAGAACGUUUACUUGGGACAAAAAACUGGAGACUAUGGUGAAGAAAUCUGGUAUUCUGGGAGGCCAGGGUAAAUUACCAACGAUAAUAUCACCGGAGGAAUAUCGCGCUAGGUUCAUCGCCGCGAUGCAUCGUUACUUUCUGCCUGUACCGGACAGAUGGUCGGGUUUAGGUAGAAGUGUCGAAAUACCACCGGAAUAAAUGUGAUUUAAGAUUUCAGAUACGCAAUUUUAUAUGCAAUAAUUACGUAAUCGCUGUACAUAUAUACUUUUUAUUCAUAACGCGAAAAUGUAAGCGCGUAGCAUAACACGCUCGCUAUAACAUUUUAUACAGUGAUCAAAUACUCGAGAAGUAUUGACAGUAUAAGUGAUACCGAUAUAGUUACCAGUUUUAAAUACAUCUUAUCGCUACGUAAUAUAAAUUAAUAUUCUAAUUUGUCGCGCGUAGGUAAGUAAACUUUCAAUUAUAUUUAUAAAAAAUUAUAUACGCUUACGUCGUAUCAUUGUCAAAAUGUAUAUAAUAAUUCUUUUGUAAUAUAAUUUAAAAGCAGCUGCUUUCGCUCUCAAAUUCUAAAGUACAAAGGUAUUAGUGAAACUAAACCACGAGGCUAAGAAAGCACCAAUAUUCAUAUUUUAUUUAAUUCUCCAAAAUUAUGUACACGACCAUUAUUUAUCCUUGUAAUAGUCAAAUAAACAAUAAUUAUAAUUU